UCUUAAAUAUUCGAUAGAUAACAAAUUUACACAAUAGACGGUUUCCUUUUACACAACAGUUCUCUCUUCAACCCCCCAAGAACCAGACCACUUCCCCCAAUUCACCCUUCAUCCCUGACAUCAACUCAAAAUCAAAUAAGUUUCCUUCAAUCUCUGCUUCAUCUACAAAAUCUCCAUUCUCUUCUUCAUGGGUUUUUCAUUUUCUUUCUAGUUCCACAAGCUUCUUGAAAAAUAUCACCACCUUUAUGCACCAAUCAUCAUCAUCACCAUCUGGAUCUGGGUAAAAGAGGGAAUCGGGUAAAUGGGUGUUCAUGUCUCUUGCUGAUUCUGUCUAGGGUUACUGAUUUAAACCUUUGAUCUGUAUACCCAAUUUUGGCAAAGAAAAAAUGCUGCUUUUUUGGUUCUUUUCUUCUUUUGCGACCUACAGAAUUAAUUGUUUCCAUUACUAGAAAACCCUUGAUUUGAACGCUGAGUUAUUCCUGGUUUUCUUGAUAACUUUCACUGGGAUUUAGAUGAAAUAUUUCCAAAAAUAGUGUAUGUUGUGUUGCACUGGAGGUAUGAUGGCUAGGGAAAAAGUACAGAUUAAAAAAAUUGAUAAUGCAACAGCAAGAAGGGUGACUUUCUCCAAGAGAAGAAGAGGCUUAUUCAAGAAAGCUGAAGAGCUUUCUGUACUUUGUGAUGCUGAUGUUGCUGUCAUCCUCUUCUCCUCCAAUGACAAGCUCUUUCACUAUUCCAGCUCCAGUAUGAAAGAAGUACUUGAAAGACGUAGCUUGCACUCGAGAAAUCUUGAGAAGCUAAACCAACCUUCUCUUGAGUUGCAGCUGGUUGAAGACACCAACUAUGCCAACUUAAGCAAAGAAGUUGCAGAGAGAACCCUAGAACUAAGACGGUUGAGAGGGGAGGAGCUGCAGGGUUUAGGUAUCGAAGAGCUGCACCAACUCGAGAAGUCACUUGAAGCUGGAUUGAGCCGUGUUGUAGCAAAAAAGGGUGAGGCGAUCAUGAAUGAGAUUAAUCAUCUUCAAGAGAAGGAAGUGAAACUCAUGGAAGAGAACGACAAGCUAAGACAAGAACUUCUGAAAAUAUCAAGUGCUCAGAAACCAGGUGUUGGUCAUGACUCCGGUGACUCUGGGGAAUCAUCGGAGUCUACCAAUAUCUGCAACUCCGCUGGUCCUCCACAAGAUUACGAAAGCUCUGGUACAUCCCUCAAGCUCGGGUUACCUUAUUCAGGAUGGAUAUGAAAGCUUACAUAUAGUAUGUAAAUGGAAGCCAAUUAGUAUCGUUAAAAAUGGUUUCUUUUAGCCCCCCAUAUAAACAUUUGGGGUUAAUUAGUUGGAUGUACUCAAUUACUCCUUCCUGCGAAAUAAAAUUAAAGAAAAAUACGUUGCAAUCUAUUAGUAGUUGUAUAAAAUGUCACCAAUACUUUUCAAGGAGUAUUUGGGAAGUUUCAUUGAUGUUCUAAGACAUGUAUUUUAGAUAAAUAUUGUUGUUUAAUAUUAUGUGUGAAACUUGUAUUACUUGGAGUUGGAGGGUAUAAAAAUCUGAAAUUAUCUG